AUAAAUAACUUGAAAAGGAGAAGAAAUUUUCCGUACAAUAUCGUUUGGUAGUGAAGUUGGACAGGUUCGCAUACAUCCAACGAUCCAGCCUCACUGGCAUCAUCACUCAAUUAUAUAAUUGAUGCCAAUCAGAUACCAAUCUACUAUACACCUAUCAUAUCGCACCACGAGCGAGCGAGCGAGGGAGAUAGAGCUCUCUGAUUACCUGUGAGCGAGGCUGUGGUGAUGGAGCAAAACACCCUGAGGUCUAUCAGAUGCAAAGGUACGCACUUGCGUGUAGUCACCAGCCUCGAUCCGUGUCUUCGAUCGUCUCCACCUUCCUUCCCUGUCUGAACGCCGGCCAUGCAUGUAAUCGACGCGCAGCGGCGGUGAGCAAGUCGCCGGGGCAGCCGCUAGAGAUGGAGGAGGUGGAGGUGGCGCCGCCGCGGGCGCACGAGGUCCGCAUCAGGAUCCUCUGCACCUCGCUCUGCCACACGGAUAUCACCUUCUGGCGCAUGAAGGAUUUUCCGGCCUUGUAUCCGUCCAUCCUGGGGCAUGAAGCAGUAGGUGUGGUGGAGAGCGUGGGGGAUCAUGUGCAGGAAGUGGCCGUGGGGGACACGGUGGUGCCGGUGUUCCUGGCGCAGUGCGGGGAGUGCGCCGACUGCCUCUCCGCCCGCAGCAACAUCUGCUCCAAGCUGCCGGCCCGCGCCGGCACCGGCAUGCCGCGGGACGGCACCACGCGCUUCUCGCUCGUGGCCACGGGCGAGCCCGUCCACAACUUCUUAUCCGUCUCCAGCUUCGCCGAGUACACGGUCGUCGACGUCGCGCACGUCGUCAAGGUCGACCCCGCCCUCCCGCCGGAGAAGGCGUGCCUGCUCAGCUGCGGCGUGUCCACCGGGGUUGGUGCGGCUUGGAAGGUUGCGGCGGUGGAGGCCGGCUCAACCGUGGCUGUCUUUGGGCUAGGCACUGUGGGGCUAGCGGUAGCGCAAGGGUCGAAGAUGCGUGGUGCUAAGAGGAUCGUCGGGGUCGAUUUGAAUCCGGACAAGUUCGAGAUCGGUAAGAGAUUGGGGAUCACCGACUUUGUCAAUCCAAAUGAUACCGGAGAGAAGACCGUCAGCGAGGUUGUCAUCACGGAGAUGACCGGCGGCGGCGCUGAUUACUGCUUCGAGUGCGUCGGCUCAGCUGCAGUCAUGGCGGACGCAUUCAAAAGCUCUCGGACGGGAUGGGGGAAGACGAUCAUCCUCGGCGCCGACGGCAACGCAACGCCGAUCAGCAUAUCGUCGUCCGACAUCAAGAGGGGGAGGUCGGUCGUCGGCUCGUUCCUCGGCGGGAUCAAGCCCAAGGAUGACAUCCCCGUGCUGGCGCAGAAGUACCUGGACAAGGAGCUGGCGCUGGACGAGUUCAUCACGCACCAGAUGGGCUUCGACGAGAUAAACCGAGCGUUCGAGCUGCUCGCGCAGGGGAAGAGCCUCCGGUGCAUCAUCUGGAUGGACGGCGCCAAGGAGAACGGUCUCGGCGCGUGAUGCCGCCGUCGCGCACGCACAAGAAAUGGUACGUGUCGCCAGGGGGCAGAGACAAGAGGGCGGUCAGGGCCCUUAUGAUUGAUGCAAAUAUGCAGUUCCACAUUAUGUAUUACAUGUAAUAAGCAACAUAUAAAAGCUAAAAUAUUUAAGAGCUUCUUGGCAUACAAACUUAUUUUAUCUGUUAUUUAUAUUUCAAAUAUUAUAUAUCUUUUUUCAAACA